UGUUGUUGAUGAUGAUGUUGCCAGCGUUGCCAUCAAACGGAUAUAUGCGCUUUAAGGAGCGAUCGGUUCUCGAAGCGGCAGGUACCUCAAACUAGUUGCAACUUUGCCUGUACCCACCGCAGGGGUGCCAUGGGCCGCCCCAGAUCUCGUUCACCAAAGCGCGGAAAUGGAAGCCCGGAUAGAUCGAAGGCUUCCGGAGAAGCAGGCUCAGUGUCUGCGCAUCAACGGCUGUUUGGGAAGAAGGAGGGCGUCGUUGUGGUCACUACCAAGCCAGGCGAUGGGAGGACGUAUCCAAAGAAGGGUGACAAGUUGACCAUGCAUUACACUGGGACCUUGGCUGCCAAUGGUAAGAAGUUUGAUUCGUCGGUGGGGAAGAAGCCGUUCACAUUCAGAAUAGGGGUAGGUCAGGUCAUCCGCGGCUGGGACGAGGGUGUUAUCAAGAUGUCACUCGGGGAAAAGGCGUGCUUGAAGAUCAAAGCAGAUUAUGGAUAUGGUGCCAGGGGUGCUGGCAAUGCGAUCCCGCCGAACGCGGACCUGAAUUUUGAGGUCGAGUUGCUCAAGAUUUGUCCAUGACAGACUGAGCCUGAGUGGUACGCUCAUGCCCACUGUCGCGACGCCGCCAGGUGAUACAUACCUGAUCGCGACUCGGCGAUUCUAGAGAAUAUGUUGUAAGUCACUCGAAUGCGGGAAAAGAGUUGUAUGAGAUGCGAGAGUUUGGUCAUGUUGUUCAUGCGGGAUGUGGUGGGUUGAAGGAAGCAGCGGCGGCAAACACAAAUAUCCAAUCUGCGUUCGCCUCCCCCCCACGCCCCCAACACUUCGUUUAAAUUGCUCGCUUACUUGGGAGAUACUCGAAAUACUCCCAUGGCGCACGCCUUCCGACAUCGGCAUCGAGCAACCAGUGGUGCUACAGAAAGCGGACUGAGAUUCACAAAUGCGUGGAUGUAGAUUGUCAGUGAAGGUAGGGAUGUGUUUUGUGAAAGAGCUCAACGGGAGCCUCAACACGGCGGUAUUACCGCCCAUGGUGUUUUCGAUGAUCUCAGAUGUAGGGUCAUCGCGUAUUCGCUUGUUCGUUGUCAGAAUUUUGUCAUAUCGUUUGGGUCAGGGGGUCGGCAACAGCCAAUGAAUUUGUCUGUCGAUAGACAGAAGCAUUGAUUAGUUGAUUAAUCGCCCUGUCUUUUUCAACUGAACUCGCACCGUCAUCCUGCGACGUUUCCUGGUCAUCUGGCGACCCAGUCGCAGCCGCCUUGGCUAGAGAGAAAUGUGUGACACUCCAUCGGUCCCAGGCGAUAUACUUAAUUCGCGCCUCCUGCAGGAUGUUUGCCGGACGCACGAUAGUGCUACGAUUGUUCUUGAGUGUGUUGCCGGCAUUGGCGAUGCGUUACGAGGCGAGACCCAGCGUUUUUCUAG